AGGUUUGUUGGUUUGCUGUUGAAUUUUUACCGCGAGUUUGUUGAUAAUAUCAGCGCAUCUGUUACCUUCAAGCAUAACAAAUUGUAUGUAGUGUUAAGUUUCGGACACACCUUAAUUCUGUAGGAUUUUCCCAAUUCAUUCACUUACUUGAAGCCGUUGUGGUCGAAAGUUUAUCCGGAAGAAAAUGCCUGACGAUAAAGACGAGACGCAGCAGAGGUUAAAGGCAGCAAUCCAUUACACCGUGGGUCGCCUGUGCCAGAAGAUUGGAGAGGACUACCAGAGAGGGUUCAGCCGACAAGCUGUAGCAGCGAUAGCCGAGACAGCGUUCAGACAAUGUGAUGUAUUUGCUAAAGACUUGGAGGCGUUUGCAAGGCAUGCUAAAAGAAGCACAGUGAAUUCAGACGAUGUAAAGCUCAUAGCCCGUCGGAGCACAGCCUUGUCCACCCACAUACAAAACAAAAGUGAAGAACUGAACCAGGAGCAGAGGGAAUUGAAAAAGAAGAGUACUGGGAAGAGGAAAAGCAGAGACACUGAGGAGGAGAGCAAAGAAUAAGGAAAGGACAAAGGCAGCCCUGCAGUGUCUCACUUGUGCCCAACAUUCAAAAUAAACGUUAAUGCUAUUAUCAAUCA